AUGGUGGAAGCAGAACCAGCGCGACUCUGUUGCCAACCCUAUCAGAGGCUCUUACAGGUAGCCACUACCGAGGAACAAGUGCAAACUGAGCCCCCUAAGGAGGACCACAUUGAUCUACCAGCUGACAUCUAUGGCUUGACAAUAUCAGUCGCCACUUCUGACUUGCCACACGUCCUUGAAGGGUCCAGGACCACUUUCCACUUGCUGCGCUUGUUCUUCGGCCUCGCAUGUUUGGCGAUCAAUGUAUGGCUGCAGCUGAUGAUCGUCAUGGAAGUGGACAGGUACAUCGUUGCACGUGCAGUUCACAACACGCAGGCGAAUUAUGCGCAGUAUCACGCAGAAGUCUUCGACAUUGAUGGGAACUUCUUGGCUGACAAGUGGGCGGACUGGGACGGACCGAAGGCAAAGCUUUGUGGCAUGGGACUCUCCAAAGUGAAGUUCACUGCCAGCAUCAUUUUCCUCUGGACUAUCAGGAUGCUGAGCGAGGUCAGAUCUUGUCUUCAGCUGACACAUGACAUUUUCCAAGUACCUCGCACACAACCAUCUACAACUUCCACGGGACGGAAAGCCCGUGCAACUGUGGCAGCGCUCAAUGAGAACAACGAAUUCGAGAGAUUCGAUGUGAUGAUCAUCGACAUGCCAGCACGGAUGUGUUUAGCGAGCUGUGUCACCAUACCGAAGCUCAUUGUUGGUAUUGCACUUCUCUACGGUGGUUGUCGAUGGUUUGCAGCUACUGAGUCUUGGGAGGACCUGAUUCUCAAUGCCCUGGCGCUGGAGUUUGUGAUCGGCAUCGAUGAGUUGAUCUUUGAAGCCUUCGCUCCAUUACGUGCCAAGCAAACUGUGGAGAAGACGAAGUUGGUCCACGUCCACCCGGAGGACUCUGUUGGGAAAACCCGAGAUGACAAAUUGGUCAUGAACACUCUGUGGAGACUACUUCAGCUCUUUCUAUGCAUGGUUUGGGCGUACAUUUACACCACGAAGUUGCAGCAGGUGAUUCCAAACUUCCCGGCUGACGUUCACACGCCUUGUUCAGGCUACCUUGAUGCACAGGCCAGCCUGUUCUGUGAGACUCUUGGAUGA